GGCAAAUCAUUGGAGCAGUAUGAUAUGAUACUUGAAACGUCACCGCCACACCAGCGAUGAUGAUUAUUGUUACAAGUUUCUUGGCCAACCCCCCAGCCCCGAUAAAUUGCCUUGGCAAUCCUACUUGAGCCUCAGCAAGCUGUCAGUACUGUACGAGUAAAUUUACCGCUAUUCCAAGCCCACCAGGUCGUCCACCAACACACUCACUCUCGCUCACUCACCUCCAAACCUUUACAAUGGGAAAAGGAACCGACAAACUCUACAUAACCCAUAGCGAAUGGAGCGGUUCAGACUCCUUCGGCGCAUCCUCCGGCUACACCGCCAAAUCCACAAACCUCCCCUUCAAGCGGCUCCCCUACAACUUCUGCGCCGUCUCGCUCCAACCCUUCACGCACCCCGUGUGCACUCCCAACGGCACAAUCUUCGACCUAACUAACAUAAUCCCAUGGCUGAAGAAGCACGGCACGAACCCUGUCACGGGUGCGCCGCUCUCGCACAAAGACUUGUUGAAGCUGCACAUGGCGAAGAAUGAGGAUGGGGAAUACUGCGACCCCGUAACUUUCAAGGUGUUCACCGAUAACACGCACAUCGUCGCGAUCCGGACAAGCGGGAACGUGUUUGCGUGGGACACGGUCGAGAGAUUGAACGUUAGGCCGAAACAUUGGCGGGAUCUAGUCGGCGACGAGGAGUUCACGCGGAAGGACAUCAUCACCCUGCAGGACCCGCAGAACCUGGAGUCGAGGGAUAUGUGUGAGUUCAAGUACUUGAAGGACGGGGCGUCAACGUUGACGGAGGAGCAGGCGGCCGAACGCGCGGAUCCGCUCAGCGGGAUAAACGUCGCGGCAAUGGGCUCGAGUGCGAAGAUCCUCGCGGCAAAAGCCGCUGUGGCGAAAGCUCGCGCAGCCAAAUCUUCAGAUCCAAAUCACAACCCAUCUCGGAAGAACGUACCAUACAACGCUGCAAGGCAUACCACCGGGAGGGCUGCCGCUUCCUUAACUUCUACCUCCCUAACCCCGCAUACUGGCGCUGAACGCGCACUGCUUUCGGACGAGGAGUACAUGCUAAGGCCGAAACGCAUCAAGAUCAAAGGCUACGCGCGCAUAUCCACGAGCCUGGGAAACCUAAACAUAGAACUCCACACAGACUAUGCCCCCAAAGCAGUCUACAACUUUGUCAAACUUGCACAAAAUGGAUACUACAGCGGCGUACGCUUCCACCGAAACGUCCGAAACUUCAUGAUUCAAGGUGGCGACCCAACGGCAACCGGUCGCGGCGGAACCAGCCAUUGGGGCAAGCCCUUCGACGAUGAAUUCGAAUCCCCGCUCCUGCACGAUGCCCGUGGCAUCCUGUCCAUGGCGAACAAGGGCAAGAACACCAACAGCUCGCAAUUCUUUAUCACAUACCGCGCCGCCAAGCACCUUGACCGCAAGCACACCAUCUUCGGAAAAGUGGUCGGCGGACUAGACGUGCUGGACAAGAUGGAGGUGGCGCCCGUGGGCGACGGGGACGUUCCAAUCAAAGAUAUCGUCAUGAAGGAGGUGGUCGUGUUUGUGGACCCCUUCGAUGAGUUGAGGGAUGCUGGGAGGGGGGGUGGAGGGAGCGCUGGGGAGGUGGGGAAGUACUUGAAGAUCAAGGCUAAGGAGGUGACGGGAGAGGAUGAAGUCGCUGGUGAGGUGAUGGAGGAAUACGCCUAUGAUGGACCCGUGAAAAAGAAGCCAAAAGCGGGUAGGGGUUUCGGCAACUUUGAUAGCUGGUAAUUGGAGGGUGUAUAUGUAAGGACAAUCAAAGACACUGUGCUUGUAUAGUAAGAUAAAUUUAGGUCGUGACAUCCA